UUGGACUCCCCACUGUUACCCUAUCCAUGCUGGGUAUCCCCAGCAUCUUAGGAACUAGAUUUGUAUUAGCUGGGGUGAUUCCCAAGCCAGGAAGUUCCUUCCGGCAGGCCUGUAGUGCCCUCGUCUUACAUUAGGACCCCCCUCGGAUACUCUGAGCCACCCUCCUCAACCCGGAUCUAAAACCCGGGACACAGCUAUCAGGCCAGCCUCUCUCUCUCCACCCCACCCCCUCUUUCUGGCGUCCAUCCCCUCCCCAACACCACCUCUGCUGCUGCCUCUGGCUGUGGACCUGCACCUCUUCCCCAUCCCCGCCAGGCCCGGGGAGAGGGGUGAGCCUGGAUGAGAGCCCCCCAACCUGGGGCUCUCUCAGGCCAUGGCCCCCGUGCUCCCGGGGAGGAGCCCAAGACCCUGAGCAUCUGCUAGAGGCUUGGCAGAGGCCCCGCGGGGACCGAGUCUUCUGAGGACAAAAGGCGGCGGCCAGCAGGCAGACGGGGGCGGGGUACCGGCAGCCAGGCAAGUAGGCGGGUAGCAGGGGCCAGCGCUGGCCCCCCCUCCCAGCCUGGCUGUGGCAUGAAGAUGAAGAUGGGGGUGGGAGUGUGUAGUGGGGGAAGCACCUGCUGGGACCCCCACCUGCCAGCUUGUUGGGCACCCCAUGUCUGUAUGCUGCCCACCUGGUGUUCCCCAACACCCCAGCCCUGCCCAGUGCACCCCUCCGGUGCCUGCUUCCCCUAAUGCCUGCGAUUUAGACCAGCCCAUCUGUAUCCACGGCAACAGAAGCAGAAGUGUCACUGGCCGCCAGAUCACUGAGGGUCCCACAAUGUGGCCUGGGCUGUGAUUUAUCCUGGGCGAGACAGCUUGAGCCCCUUCCUGGAUUCCAAGACAGACCUGCUGAGAGAGUCCAGGUGCAGCCCAGCAGGACAACUGAUGGAGUCCCCCAGGGCCCAUCAAGUACCGGACUGGCUGACCCCCUAGGGUUGGGAGUAGCCCUUGCCCCUCAGUAUGGCCAACACCACCGGAGAGCCCGAGGAGGUGAGCGGCGCACUGUCCCCGCCGUCAGCAUCGGCUUACGUGAAGCUGGUGCUGCUGGGACUGAUCAUGUGCGUGAGCCUUGCGGGCAACGCCAUCUUGUCCCUGCUGGUGCUCAAGGAGCGUGCCCUGCACAAGGCUCCUUACUACUUUCUGCUGGACCUGUGCCUAGCUGAUGGCAUACGCUCUGCCGUCUGCUUCCCUUUUGUGCUGGCUUCUGUGCGCCACGGCUCCUCAUGGACCUUCAGUGCACUGAGCUGUAAGAUUGUGGCCUUUAUGGCUGUGCUCUUUUGCUUCCAUGCGGCCUUCAUGCUGUUCUGCAUCAGCGUUACCCGCUACAUGGCCAUUGCCCACCACCGCUUCUACGCCAAGCGCAUGACACUCUGGACAUGCGCAGCUGUCAUCUGCAUGGCCUGGACUCUGUCUGUGGCCAUGGCCUUCCCACCCGUCUUCGACGUGGGCACCUACAAGUUUAUCCGGGAGGAGGACCAAUGCAUCUUUGAGCAUCGCUACUUCAAGGCCAAUGACACGCUGGGCUUCAUGCUUAUGUUGGCCGUGCUCAUGGCAGCCACACAUGCUGUCUAUGGCAAGCUGCUCCUCUUCGAGUACCGUCACCGCAAGAUGAAGCCAGUGCAGAUGGUGCCAGCCAUUAGCCAGAACUGGACAUUCCAUGGCCCUGGGGCCACAGGCCAGGCUGCUGCCAACUGGAUCGCCGGCUUUGGCCGUGGGCCCAUGCCACCAACCCUGCUGGGUAUCCGGCAGAAUGGGCAUGCGGCCAGCCGGCGGCUGCUGGGCAUGGACGAGGUCAAGGGUGAAAAGCAGCUGGGUCGCAUGUUCUACGCGAUCACACUGCUCUUCCUGCUCCUCUGGUCACCCUACAUCGUGGCCUGCUACUGGCGAGUGUUUGUGAAAGCCUGUGCUGUGCCCCACCGCUACCUGGCCACCGCUGUUUGGAUGAGCUUCGCCCAGGCUGCUGUCAACCCAAUCGUCUGCUUCCUGCUCAACAAGGACCUCAAGAAGUGCCUGAGGACUCAUGCCCCUUGCUGGGGCACAGGAGGUGCCCCGGCUCCCAGAGAACCCUACUGUGUCAUGUGAAGCAGGCGGGUAGGCAGACAGGCAGGGAAAAGGUCAUGGCCACCAUGGUGGGGCCAACGGCAAGGGAGGGGUGGGGCCCCAUACAGGAGCCUUCUUUUCUGAGCUCCAGCCCCAGCCCCUCGAACCACCCAUAAUCCAGGCACCUUUGCCAAUACCACCCUAGGGUGGGGGACUGGGAAAGAGGCAUCCUAGUUUUGUGGGGCCUGUCUCUGCAGCCUCCUUCUCUACUUCUACAGUCUCUCUCUCUCUCUCUCUCUCUCUCUCUCUCUCUCUCUCUCUCUCUGACAAUUCA